AUGAAGCUUAUCAUAGUGACACACGUCGCGCUCGCGGCCUCACUGGCGGGCGCAUUCGUCAUUCCCCUGCCCGACCCACGGCCGCUCUGCCUCCUCCCAUGCCCGUCCACCGCCAUCUGCAUCGCAGACCCAAGUCCUCGCUGUGUCAUCCCAGGGAGCUUCUGUGGUGGUAUUGCGGCUUUGCCGUGUCAGGGUAGGAAUGAAUAUUGCGUCGACGACCCCAGGGACGACUGCGACCCUGGAUACAAUGGGUUUGACUGUGGCGGUGUGUGCAUCAAGAAGCCGAGGGAUGUUAGCCCCUGCGCCGCAGACUGA